UUACAAACGAAUGCAUUGAGUUUGACGGUACUUUUAAUUUUCUUUGCACAUCCAAUUCCCACUUCAUGUGAUAAGAUAUAAAUUUAAUACCUAAUUGUAAUCCUAUCAAGGCGAUCAUAAUCAGAUGCGUAAAGUAAAAAUUGUCAUCAAAUUCAAUUCAUUUGUUUGUAAUUGUUAUUUCACUCGUUGGUAAUUUUUGUAUUUUUAUUUCAUCAAGCUAAUAAUGAUAUUCGUGAUCAACUAAUCAAUUAACUCUAUUCAGUUUAACAGUUUAUUUUGUUUAGUAUUAAUGCCAAUCGACUGUGUAUCUCCUUUAAUUAAUUCAUCUGGAUAAUAAUUUACAUGUUGUAAUGAGCAUUGAGUUGGAUAGUGAUAAAAACAGUAAGGUAUCCUUUACUGAACCUAAUGUUAAAGAGGAGGAAAAUCGGGAUAACUUAGACAACGAAAUUCUCGGAGUUUCCGCUAAAAAAUAUGAACAGUUGCAAGUUGAAUUGGAAGAUUGCAGAAAUCGAAUUGAAGAAUUGAAAUUGCAUCGUGAUGAAGAAAAGGCUGGUAAGGAACAAACGUCCAAAACUUUAGCAACAUAUGAGAAGAAAACUAGAGAUGAGAGGCAACAAUAUGUUCGACAAAUCAAUCCACUCGAAAUCAUUGUCAUGAUGUUGAAGUUAAAAGCGAAAAAUUCAGCUAAUCAUGCUUCUAGGUUGGAGGAAAGAUUACAAGAGUUAAAGACUGAAAAUGAGCAACUUCAAAGCCACUGUGAUUUCAUGAUGAACAUAAUAAUAGAAGGUGGUUAUGAAAUGGAUACUGGACAAACAGAUAAAGUCACAUCGAGCAAUAACAACCCAACGGUAUCCAGAAAUAUAGAUUUGACCGUCACCACAGCGCAAGCUAAACAAUCGGCAUCAUCGACAAGCUCAAACAGUUUGUCUAUCGCAUCUACUAAAGCAGCUUCUUGUACUACUGCUAGCAGCAUCUUUGUAUUUGGAAAACCCACAGCAUCAGAUGACAGUUUGAAAGUUUGUUCGCGUGGGACUGAAAGAAAAAAUCGAAUUCCAACUCAUUCAGUUCAUUUGAAGUGCUUCUUCUCUUGUCUGAAAUCAAGUAUGCUGCCAGUUUAAUUGCUCAGCGAAAUUACGUCAAAGCUAAAAGAAGACUUCCACGCAACUAGGCUGAUCAAAUGUCUCUAUGAUAUCUGUUUGUUUAUCUUUCCCCUUCUACUCUUUCCUUUUCCUCUUUUCCCCUUUUCGUUGAAUUUCCAUUGACAAAUUAAUAAACAAAUUAACUCUCA